AUGGACUUUUCAAACAUCUUAUCAAAAGAAAUCAAUAAACGAAAGAAGCAAUCACAUAAAAGUUCAAGCAAGUCAAAGAGGGCAAAGCAUAAUACAGACGAAGUAAAACGACAAGAUCACACAAUAGAAAAGCAAGAUGAAGAGGUUGACAGUGCAAAAGGCUUAGAUAAACACGCCAUUGGUGACUUUUCACCAAAUGAUGAGUUUUUUUUAGCCAAUCCCAAGAAGGACGGUUUGAGUGAAGCCCAAAUCGAUGAAAAGUUAAAACAGUACAACGAAUACGACAGUAGCUUGUCUAAAGAUGAUAAAUCCAAAAGGUUACAGUUCUUAUUACAAUUGGAUCUUCGAAAUAAGAAAUACAAAGACUGGCUUGAUCAAGAAGACCCAUUUUAUCAAGAUCCAUCAAAACAAACCGUAGUCCUUGACUCCAUUAUUGAAGCAGGGCAAAACCGGCAUCGAUUGAGAAUCCAAAUCCGAGUGUAUUUAAAAGAAAUAAUCCGUGAAUGGGAAUCACAAUUAGACGAAUCUGACGAGGAUGCGUUACUAUUAAAGGAAACAAAGAAGGGUAUCGUUAAUCUCUUGUACAAGUUGCGAAGUGAUAAAUUACCUACAGAAGCACUUGUAUCAUUGUCGACAAUAGUUUACUACCUACAAUCUAAUCAAUUCAACAAAGCCAAUGAAAGCUAUAUGAAAUUGAGUAUUGGUAAUGUUUGUUGGCCAAUUGGUGUUGUUAAUGUGGGUAUACAUGCAAGAAGUUCCAGUCUGAAAAUUACAGGGAGUAAAAAUGUAAGUAAUAUUAUGAUGAAUGAAUUGACACGCAAAUGGAUUAUAAGUGUUAAGCGACUAAUUAAUUUCAAAGAGAAGCAGUACAACAAUCGGAAGGGACAGCCUUGA